GUGCAGCCCUACUCAUAAUGUUUGUUUGUUUCUGUCGUGAAGGCUGGUUUAGAGAAAUCUCAUCAUGGGAAACACCAGCGAUCGAGUGUCUGGAGAUAGACAUGGAGCGAAGACGCAGCGGUCAGACAGCGGAGCACACCGAGACCUGGAGCCCAGCAAACUGAUGGACAGCACCGACGACCCCAAUAUAUUCAACACACACGGCCCAGAGUCUAAAGCCGUGGGUGAGAAGGACUUGGCUCCGGAUCUAGAGGACAUGAAGACGGGUCGGCAGGCUCGACCCACAGUGAUCCGCUGGGCCGGAGGAGGCAAGGAGGUCUGCAUCACCGGCUCCUUCAACAACUGGAGCAGCAAGAUCCCCAUGAAUAAAAGCCAUAAUGAUUUUGUAGCAAUCUUGGACCUGCCUGAAGGUGAACAUCAGUACAAAUUCUUUGUUGAUGGCCAGUGGCUUCAUGACCCCUCUGAGCCGGUUGUCACCAGUCAGAUGGGCACCAUUAACAAUCUGAUCCAUGUGAAGAAAUCAGAUUUUGAGGUGUUUGAUGCACUGCAGGUGGACUCUCUCGAGUGCUCUGAUACGUCCGAUCUGUCCAGCUCUCCGCCUGGGCCGUACAGACAGGAGCUGUACGUGUUCAAGCCUGAGGAACGCUUCAAAGCACCCCCCAUCCUGCCGCCUCACCUCCUACAAGUCAUUCUCAACAAAGACACCAACAUAUCAUGUGAUCCUGCCCUGCUGCCAGAACCCAACCAUGUGAUGCUCAAUCAUCUGUACGCGCUCUCCAUCAAGGAUGGUGUGAUGGUUCUCAGCGCAACUCAUCGUUAUAAGAAGAAAUAUGUGACGUCUCUUCUGUACAAACCUAUUUAAUAAGCUGUGGAUGAUGCAUGGUCUGCUGUCCUCAUCCUCUAUAGUCCAGAUUGCACUAUAAACCCGCGAUACAUGCAGUAGAUCUGUCAGCUUGAGACUUCAACGGUAGUGUGAGUGUGUGUGUCUGUGUGUGAGUGUGUGAGUGAGUGUGUGUCUGUGUGAGUGUGUGUGU